AUGGGCCAGAUUAAGUCGGAGUCUGAUGCAGUUCUCUACAAAAGACAAAGUGUUCUGGGGAAGAUUUCCAACUUCUUUUGGCCUGGAAACCGCCACAAGGGAAGAAGUUCCUCUUUUGAAAACCGAACCGUGCCUGACUUCCGGGUUGGUCACGUGACGGCCACUCCCGGCAGAAACUGUAGAGACGACGUCUUCCAGACUCAGUCAGUGACGUUCCAACAUGGCGCCACGCAACCCCCCUCGCACCCCCCUCCCCACGAGCAGAGACAGGAGGAAUCCGGGAGAGUGGAACCUGUGUUUGUGCAGACCUCAGACAUCGCCAUAAACGCCGAGGAUGCACCACUCAGCUGUCUUGAAAUCUGCCUAGCCGCUGAGGAUGUAUCCGGCCCCAUUUCGAUCAUAGGAGCACAACCGCAAGGAAGAGGAAAUGCCUUUUGGCGGCUAUAUCCACAAACCGUCGGUGCACGCCUGACUCUUCUUCAAGCCGGCGCAAUCACGCUACGAGGACAAGAGGCAAGCCUGCUCCAUAAAAACCCCUACGUCGUACGACCAGACACAGCAUCGACGAGAGUUGUAGUGAGUAACAUACCGUUGUCUUACGAUAACGAAGAAAUAGCUAAAACACUACGCUCACGUGGCUACAAGCUCACAAGUCGGGUCAUCGACGAAAGGGCAAGAAACAAAGACGGCAAGUUAACACGUUUCCUAACAGGGAGAAGAUUCCUGUACAUAGAGAAACCCUCUACCCCUUUACCACGAAGGAUGUCCGUAGGACUUUUCCAGGCUGAAUUCUAUCACAGGGAACAGAAAGAAGCCAGCCAAACGCAGAGACUCACAUGCAGCAACUGUCUUGAAACGGGGCAUCACAAGAGUGUAUGCGACAAACCUGUUGUAUGUGUUCAGUGCAAAAAACCUGGACAUAAGCGUGGUGAUCCUGCUUGCAACCUUGGCAUGGAUUCUGAAGAUGAGCAGUCGGAUGAGAACAGCUGUGUCAGCGACGAGCAGGACAGAGGGACAUCUCCUGACAGCGAAGAACCAACAGCUCCACCAAGCAUCGUGCAACACAACACAAGAAGCAGAAGCAAGAGUCACAGCCACAAGAACAAUGACGAACACAAAAAGCAAAAAAAGACUGAUGACACCACAAACGACAAGCCUACAGAAAUGUGUGAGCUAUCAGACUCUACACAGCCCACACUAGAAAACUGGCUUAAGGAGCAGAGACAAUCCUAUAGUAAACAGAAGCAGGGUACAAAAGGAAGCAGUAAGUCACGAAAAAAACCUACUUGUACCUAGGUGUAUAUUGUGUAUGUCAAAUGUCAGGUAACUCUCUCUUCAAUAAUGUUCAUCCAACUCUCUUGAAAGAUGUGGAUGGAUAAAUUGAAGUUGAUAUCCUUUAACUGUAGAGGUUUAAGAAACUAUAAUAAACGAAAUCAAACAUUACUGUGGCUGAAACAAAAAAAAGCAGAUAUAUGCCUCUUACAAGAAACCUACCUGACAGGUGAUAUACAACAAAGCAUUGACAAACACUGGGGUGGUAAGACUAUCCAUUCUUAUGGAACAAAUCAUAGUAAGGGUGUUAGUAUCCUUUUUAACCCAAAAGUACCAUUUGAUAUUCUAGAACACAAAAUUGACCAUGAAGGAAGAAAAAUUAUUGUAAAUUUUAUGUAUGAGAAGGAGAAAUACACCUUACUAUGUAUUUAUGCCCCCAAUGAUCCUAGAGAAAGAAGUAAUUUCCUGUAUGGUAUUCAGGAUUGGCUGAAAGAUUGGAAUCUCUAUCCAAUGCUUGUUGGUGGAGAUUUUAAUGACAUAUUUGAUACAAGCCUUGAUAAAAUAGGUGGGUCUACCAUUGAAAAAAAUCAGCCAUUGAAAGAUUUCUGUCGCUCUUUUGAUCUAAUUGACAUUUUCCGAUAUCUACAUCCAUGCCUUAAGAAAUAUUCUUGGAGAAGGAAAACACCAGCAGUCGCCUGCAGACUUGAUUACUGGCUUGUAUCAAGCACAUGUAGAAGUAAUGUCUCUGAAGCUGGACAUUAUCCUGGAAUAAGAAGUGAUCAUAAUGCUGUAUUCAUAGAUCUGUAUACUAAGAAAAUACC